AUGACUGAUCAAGAAGAUAUUCGAUUACAAACAUUAACUAAAUACAAGGAACUUAAUGAACAAUUACGUGAAUUUCUUAAAUAUGUACUUCUAUUUGAAAAAUCUUCAUCAUUAAAUGAACAAAUUAAUUCAAAUAUAAAUGAUAAUGGUGGUAUAUCAUUAUUAUCAGUAAAAAAUGAUUUACUUCUUCAUUAUUUAAUUAAUCUUGUUGCUGUUAUGCAUCGUCGUUCAACAUCAAAUCAAUCAUUAAAUUCAUCAUCAACACGUUCAAUUAUAUUACGUCUUUGUGAAAUUCGUACAUUUAUUGAAAAAAUUCGUCCUAUUGAACAAAAAUUACAAUAUCAAAUGGAUAAAUUACUUAAAAAUAAUAUUGAUCAACAACUUAAUUAUCAUCCUAAUAUUGAAAAUUUUGAUGAAGAUAUUAAUGAAAAUGAAGAAAUACAUCUUAAUAAUGAUAAUACACAACAUGAAGAAGACAAACAAAAAACAAAAAUUUAUCGACCACCAAAACUUGUACCUGUUGAAUAUAAUGAUGAUUUUGAUGAUAAAAAUGAAAAAGGAACAAUUAAUAAUAAACGUCUUGAAUAUCUUAAACGACGUGCUUAUCAUUCAGAUAUUUUAGACGAUUAUAAAAAUAAAUAUUCCGAUGCACCCGAAGAAAUUUAUAAUAGUGAACGUAGUCGUUUAUUACAACAAAAUCGUACAUAUAAAGAAAAAAUUGCUUAUGAAGAAGAAUAUUUAAAACGUUUACCACAAACAAAACGUGAACGUUUACAAUUACAACGAUCAAUGAUGAAUAAUGAUAAUGAUAUUAUGAAUCAUAUACAUGAUGCUAAUGUUUUAUUUGAUGAUAAUAUAAAUGGUUUAACAAAAAAGAAAAAAGGCAAAAUGUCAAGACGAACUAAAAAACAUAUGGAAAAGAAAAAAACAAAAUCAAUAAAACGACUUAAAUCAAGAAAAUAA